AUAAAAUUUCUCUUCUCUUUUCCAAAGUUUGAUUUUCCAAUUUCUAUACACACAGUAACUGCAAGACCUAGAACACAAGUGUUUUGCAAUCGAUGGCUGGUGAAUCUGAUUUAUCCGUAAAUAAACUAUCUUGUGCUAACUGUGGCAAACCUGCAAAUCUUCAGUGUCCAAAAUGCAUGGAAUUGAAGCUUCCACGUGAAGGUUCUGCAUUCUGCACUCAGGAAUGUUUCAAAUCUUCAUGGAGUUCCCACAAAUCAGUGCAUCUGAAGGCAAAGCUUUCCUCAGUUGGCUCACAGAAUUCAGACUCACUGGGUGAAGGGUGGUUAUAUUGCUUGAAGAGAGGGCAGAGUCGAACUCCAAAGCUUCCUCACUUUGAUUGGACUGGGGCGCUGCGGCCAUAUCCCAUAUCUGGUAAACGGAUUGUCCCAGCUCAUAUUGUCAUACCUGAUUGGGCUGAUGAUGGAAUUCCCAAAGUUGAGCCGAAUAGUGACCUGCAGCAUACUGUUGAGAUCAAGUCUCCAGAUCUAAUCGAAAGAAUGAGAGAAACUUGUCGGAUUGGAAGGGAGGUGUUAGAUGCAGCUGCUCGGAUUGUUAGGCCUGGUGUGACAACCGAUGAAAUUGAUAGAGUAGUUCAUGAGGCAACUAUUGCUGCAGGAGGAUACCCAUCACCUCUCAAUUACCAUUUCUUCCCAAAGUCUUGCUGCACGUCAGUUAAUGAAGUGAUCUGCCAUGGAAUUCCUGAUGCAAGGAAGCUUGAGGAUGGUGACAUUGUAAAUGUUGAUGUCACUGUUUACUAUAAAGGUGUUCAUGGUGAUCUAAAUGAAACAUACUUUGUUGGAAAUGUGGACGAAGAGUCUCUCCAGUUGGUCAAAUGCACAUAUGAGUGCCUGGAAAAGGCAAUAUCCAUUGUUAAACCUGGGGUACGAUUCCGUGAAAUUGGUGAAGUUAUUAAUCGUCACGCUUCAAUGUCUGGCUUCUCAGUGGUAAAAUCAUAUUGUGGUCAUGGAAUUGGAGAGCUUUUCCAUUGUGCACCAAACAUUCCUCAUUAUGGAAGAAAUAAAGCUGUUGGUGUGAUGAAGGCUGGUCAGACCUUUACAAUUGAACCAAUGAUCAAUGCAGGUGUCUGGCGUGAUCGACUGUGGCCUGAUGGAUGGACUGCUGUUACAGCAGAUGGUAAACGAAGUGCUCAAUUUGAACACACUCUUUUGGUGACAGAAACUGGUGUUGAAGUUUUAACUGGGAGGUUGCAGACAUCACCCAAUGUUUAUCCUUGGUUAAAUUCAUAAUUGGUGAAUCCGAAAAACAUAUGGUGCCAUUUUCUAAAUACUAUACAAUUAAUGGACAACCAUAUUUCAUUGCUCUACUUUCUCUGGUCGCUCUUCUGGGAGUCUUGUUUGUAACCUAAAUUUCAAUUGGGUUUUUGGUCAAAAGUAUGAUUAACAUUAGAUUGUUUCUGUAAUAUCAGAUGAUUUGAUUGUCAUCUUGUCGUGUUGUUUUUUCUGCAUGAGUUUUUGAGUAUAA